AAGAUAUUGAUGUCUAGUUCCUCUGACAUCUGCGACCGAGGGAGGUGGGCUAUGACGACACUGGUAAUGUGCCUGUCGCACUUUGUUUACCUAACUGUCAGCUGGACAUGACACGCGGGUUCAAUUACCCAAAGAGCACCGAGCUGAGGGGGAACCAAUUCAAUAGACACAAAACAUCUGAGGACUGUGAUGCCACAACAUGAGCAGUGGCGGCUGUGUAUUUGUCCUAUUUUCCCUCUUCCGUGUCUUGCUGGGUGUGGAAAUGACAGGCAUAUAUGGAAACUUCACCUCCCCCAACUUCCCCCAGCCAUACCCUGAUAACGCUCACAUGGUGUGGAACAUCAGCAUCCCACAGGGCCACAGGGUCAAACUCUACUUCACCCACUUCAGCGUUGAACCCUCCAACCUGUGCGAGUAUGACUACAUCCAGGUUUUGGCGGAGGGAAACGAUACCGUGCGUUUCUGUGGAGAAGAAGCAAAGCACCAUGAAAGCAGCCCGAGGAACACCGUCAUCCUGUCAGCCGGCAACCGCAUGUCAGUGGUCUUUAGGAGUGACUACUCUAACGAGGAGCGAUUCACCGGCUUCCAAGCGUUUUACACCUCAGAAGAUGUCAACGAGUGUCAGUCCAGUGUGCACAUGGACAGAGUGUGCGACCAUUUUUGCCACAACUACAUCGGCGGGUACUACUGCACAUGCAGACCAGGAUACCUGCUCCAUCAGAACAAACGAUCUUGCACAGUACCGUGCCACAGCCAGGUGUUGAGAAACACGACAGGGAUGCUGACGAGUCCGGGUUACCCAAACACAUACCCACCUAUGAGUCACUGCAGCCACACCAUCCAACUUCCGAAGGGCUAUGAAAUAACUCUGGACUUCAAGGAGCCCUUUGACAUCGAGGAACACCCAGAUUUCCCAUGUCCAUACGAUAUGUUAAAGAUUUUGACAGCUGGACGAGAGUACGGACCCUUCUGUGGAUCGACAUCACCAGGCCGCAUCGAAACAGGAAGUCACCAAGUGAAGAUAACAUUUACAUCUGACAUGAAUGGCAAAAACAAAGGAUGGAAGAUCACGUACAACGGUACAAAUGCUGCAUCGCUCCCUAUUGAAUAGGCCUUACCAUAAUUGUUAUUUUACCAUCAUAUUCUGUCCAAUAUAAACUCAGAUAAUUCUGUAAUUACAAAAAAAUUGACAUUGACAAUGUAAAAAUAAAACUCAAGAUGAACCAUUCCAUAGCUUAUUCCACACACGUUUCAUCACUUUGUGACUUUAAAUU